UAGAAGUGAGCCCCUCAUAUGUGCCCCGCGAACACGCUAGGUUAAAGCAUACUCGGGGCCAAGGCCUCUUCGCUCUCUUCCUCCUCCGUCUUCGCCUUCAUAGACGUCUUCGCUCACUAUUAGAAACAGAGCAGACCCUUUAUUGGUAAUGUGCAGGUGCUUCAGCGUCCUCACCUCUUUGGCUGCCAUUCUCUACAUCGCCGUCAACGUCCUCUCCGCCGUCCGUUCCUUCAAGCACGCAUCUGACAUUUUUGAUAGCAUAUUCUACUAUUACGCGGUUAUCAUAGCGGCUUUCGUCGUCCUCGCCGAGACCGAAUGGUCUUUCAUACUCAAUUUCUCCAAGGCUUUGGAGUAUUGGGCCGUCAGGGGGAUGCUGCAGAUCUUGACGUGGAUGGACUAAUAGAAGAGGUUCAAGAGGCUAGAAGAAUCAAAUUGUUGCAUCAGCCAAGCAAGGUGAUGGUGAUGGAAUAUGAACUUCGUGCUCUUCAUCAACUGCCCCUUCAUCAUCAUCUUCCUUUAGUCCCACCACUCGCUCUAGGUGGUUCUAUUUCUCGAGGUUUAGGGGUUUAUUUGUAACAAGCGGAGAGCUUAAUAGCUUUAGCUUAGGGGGAUAUUUAGAGUAUUAACAUUUAUAUAGGAAUAUUCACAUUAUAGUCAAUUAUAUUUAUGUUGAUUUGAUUAGAAUAAUUAGUUACUGGUUCAUUGGUUGAGGAUUAGUUUUUGCCACCUGAGAUUACUCUAUAACUGAUAGUUAACUCUUUUUUUUUCUUCUAAA